AUGUUCACACCCCGCAAGUGCGGGGUUAAGUUCGACCCUCCAACGCUGGUAGUUUACUAUGAGGUCAAUCUUUCAGGUGUGUAGAGUGAAAAUGAUUUGGUAUAGUGCACCAUUGAAGGUUCAGUGUAACUUGGUUUACUGAAAACUCUUGACGGUAGAAACUGAUUUUAAAAACAGUAUCAGCUGUUAUGGGACAUUUACUUUUCUUUUACAUCAAGAGCUACGACUGUAUUUACUGUUCUCAGUCAUAAAUCGCCUGUGAUAUCUGAAGGUGACGUGAACCCUCAUGGUAUAAAAGCGACUGACAAGUUUUUCAUUGCUCUAACAGUUUGUGCAUGUGGGUGCAACUGAGGUUUUAAAGCUUAAAUUUUUUCGUUCAAGGAAAAAUACGCAAGAGAUCAAUGCCAUUAAGGAAGUUAAGUAAAGAUUCAAGGUAAGUAUCUAAAAUAGACUGUGGACCUCUUCAUUCAACCUACAUGUAAGCUACAUUUUGUACACAUCACACAAGAGACUCUACAUGUAGGUGUAUGAACACAUGUAACAAUCUUUUUAAAAAAUAAUAAAUGCAAUCUUAGCUUAUUAGGUUUAGUUGGAGAUUUGGAAAAAGUUAAUGAUAAAGUCCGCACUUAAAUGAAAUUGCCCUAUCCAGUGAAAGCUAAUCCCAGUUUCUGUAGCAUGGAACAACCAGGAGUGCUACUACCCCCCUGAGUAAGAUGUUAGUCUAUGGCAGGGUACUAUCUCCUCCCCCUCCAGUAUUUUGAUAGGCUUCCUUGACAGUUUCUGUAACCCAAUUAUACUCCUGGGUGGAAUAAAGAAUUAUGCCAUUGAAGAGUCUUGCUUAAGAACACAAUUCAUUGACCACAGCUUGGUCUUGGUCCAGGACCUCUAAAAUGGGAGUCCAGCACACUAACUAUUGGCCACCACAUGUUCCCCUAACAGUUUAUAAUUACACAUUUUUACUCCUGAGUGAAAAAGACACUAUGAUAGUUAACUGUCUUGCCUAAGUGUACAUAUUAUGGUGAGAUUAUAGGGCAUGAGGCCCACUCUUAGGCACACUCCUUUACCAGCAGGCUGACCACCAGGCCAUUCUGACCCUCAUGGUGUUUAGUAUAAUUGCUGCAGUGCUAUACUGCGACAUAUCUUGCUACAAUCACCUCACCCACAGUGAUUCUAGCAGGAUGCUAAAUGGCUCCUUUAUGUUUUGUCAAUGUUACCACAGUAGUGAUACAUGCAAUAGAAGAAAAUAAAAUUCUGAAGAGAACACUAAGUUUGGUGUAAUACUUUUCAAAAGAGAGCUAUGAAGUUUUUGCCAAAUGAAUUAGGUAAACAUUGAAUUAAAUGAAAUUCUAUUGGAAACUGGCUGCUUAUCUAGAUACAAGUAAUCAAAACAAGAAUGAAAGAAUGGUUUCAACAACACAACAAAAGCACCUUUCAAUAACAGUUUAAAAGCACCUGAGCAAUAAUAGCAAAACAAUUAUUUGCCUCAGGCUCAGUGAAUAUGGUUAAAUAUUCAAUAUUACUUGAUUUCAUGCAAUUGUUUACAAUGUUUUAUUUUCUGCAAGGGAUCGGUAUCUAAAAUGAAUAAUCAUGUCAUGUUUAUGUCUCCACAAAUUAAUGUUUUGCCUUCUUUUUAAAAAUGGAAAACAUUCCAUGGAUUUCAAUUUGGCUUUUAGUAAGUUUAAAUAAGCCUCAUCAUCUGUCUUGAAACCCUGGAAAUAAAUAAUCCUAUAAUGUAGGUAUUUAUUUAGAGCUGUCUGGCUAUGUUAGUUUUCCUCUUCAUUAGCAUCUCAUUAGUUGUUAUAUUAAUAUCUACAGCUGUCUCUAUUUUCAACCAAAAAAGUUCAAGUUAGUUAUUGGAGUGACUUCAAAACUUUUUUUGCACAGUACCUCUAUUUCAGAGGAUGACAUAUCAUUCUUUACAGUCAUAUCACCCAUAAUAAACCACAGCUUCAGGUCGCGUUUGUUAAGUUUGCAUUAUGGUGAUGAUUAUUGUUGAUUGAAUGAAAAUACAAAUGAAGCCAAUAAAAUGAUCAUUUGACAUUGGUAUUCCAAUAUAAUGCCAUUUACCACUUUAGGGUAAUGGAGUGCAUAAAAUAUGCCAUGGUAAAUACACUGUUGAACAGGCUAAAAAUACAGACAGAAUUGAUCUGCAUUAUCUUUUAUUUCUUUCUUGUUUAUUAAACAUGGUUUUUCAGCUUUUCAGCCACAAACUUCAAAGCCAACAAUAAUUUUUUUGGUCAUCAAGAACACUAAAAAAUGUGUUGUUUUCUUUUUUUUUAUGCAUGCCUUGUGUGAUCAUAUGGUACCCAGAUAGAUUGUACAAAAUUUUGAAAACUAAAAGCCUGAAAACUAGAAAAUGAUCUAAGAGUAGAAUAAUAAAUUCUGUAUCAUUGCUUGUCUUUUUCCUCACCACUGUGGGCCUCAGAGAAAGACUAUACAACUCACAAAAUAUCAGCAUGUAUUAUAUAUUAAACCAUUGAACAAGGUAUAUCAAUUUAUAUAUUAACUAUGUACACAAGGGAUGGUCACCCGGGUGUAUUAAUGAAAAUAAUGGAUGAAUGUCUAUCUUUGUUUCUUGUAGUAUAUCAGAAGUGGUGAAUGAUUUAAAGGAAAGCUCAAAGCAUGCUAAAUAUUUAGAAAACAUCUCAGCCAAACAGGUAGUGCAUUUUAUUUACCAUAAAUGUACUUAAUAAGCAAUUUAUUGAACCCUUUAAAUCUUAAGUGUGACCAUCAUCUAACUUCUUGUUACAGUAACACUGAAUCAUUCAUUAAAAUCAUCAGUCAAAAUUCAAGAAAUGAUCACCUAUUGCUUUGUGUUUUAAACAAAUCCUUAUUGUUAGUACCAAAGGAAAGUAUAGACAAGAAUAUGGAUACUGAUGUUAGGGUGUAAAGGUUUAGGUAUAUUUCUAUAAUGUGGUUUCAUUGUAUUCAUUUAUUGUUAUUGAACUUUGUCAUUGGUUUGUCAUUGCUAUGUUUCUUUGCUUUAAAUUGAGUUUUAAUUAUGACCUUCUUUACCAUGUAGUCCACAGACAAACAUUUUGUGUAUACUUUUACAUAAAAUGGAGAGCAUUGUGUACAUGUAAGCAAUGUUAUAUCAUAUUAUUUCAUGUUAUGCUAUGUAACAUGCCUACAGUGUUGUGUACUUUUAUUUUGCUGUGGGGUUAUAUCUUGUCAUGUCAUUUUAUCUCAUGCCAGGUUAUGUGAUGAUAACAGCAUUACUAAAAUAUUUAUUUUAAACUUUUCAGCUUGAGAAUCUGCUCACAAGAAUCCAGAACAACAUGGAAGGGAUUGAUACUUUGCAGUUUUUAAACCCAUCAACUAAAAACACUGACCAUGAUGAAGACCUGAAUAAACUGGAUGACUAUGAACUUGAUAAGAGAAAAGCUGACAUGGAUAAAGAUUUUGAAAAGAACAGACUUAGACCUGGAGAUGAUGGCUUUGUAUAUGAUAAAGAGGUGGAUUUUACUGCAGGAAAAAUGGAAUCAGGAUGGGAUGAUGAAGAUGAAUAUUCUGAUCCAGAUUUCUAAGUUAUUGUUUUGUUAAAUUAUACACCAUUUCAAUUGUUUUUGAAUUUUUAACAGGAUGUCCUACUUUAUCAUAGGGUGCAUUUUCCCCUAAUAUUCCAUGGUGAAUUUUGUAUUUAUAAUAGUUGCAUUGCAGCAGGUACGCAAUGUUUAUCAUGAAUUUGACCCUCUGAAUGUAAAAAAAAUUGUAAAUUUUUGAAAAUUUUGGGUUCCAAUAAGAUAUUCCCUCCCUUUAGCAUGUUCCCUUGCAAGAAAAGAGUAACAGAAAAAAAAUGGUCAGUAAUUAUUUGAGAUGAUGUGGUUUUAUCUUCUUUAAUUUUUGUACUUCUGCAUAGUGCCAUUCACCAGAAUGAUUGAAGCACUAAUAAAUAGAAUUACUC